GAGGUCAAAAAAGAAGAUGGAGGAGUUCAAUAAGGAGUGUGAGAGAAAAAUGGUCGACGCCGAGAGACGGACAGGCGAGUUCCAGCGGGAGUGCCAGCAGAAGAUGGCCGAGAAGGAGCGGGAGAUGGAGCGAAAGAUGGCGGAGUGCGAGGCGAAGAUGAAGCUCGAGAAAGAGACCAUGGAGGGAAAGAUCAAGGAAUUUAGCGCGGAGACCGCGACGCUGGCAGAAGAAAAGGCGGAGAUGACGAGGCAGACGGAGAAGUUCCGCAUCACGAUGGAGGAGAGCAUGGCCGCGGAGAAGGCGCAGGCCGCGAAGAAGAUGGCAGAUUUCCUCGUCGAGUCCGAGCGCAGGAUCGCGGAGAAGGAGGCCGAGUUUGUGGAGCAGAUGAAACACCUCGAGGCGGACUGCCAGCGCAAGAUGGACGAGGAGAAGCAGGAGCUCGCAGUGAAGACGGCGGAGUUCCGCGCCGAGACGGAAAAACUGGCCUCGGAGAAAGCCGAGAUGGUCAAGCAGAUGGAGAAGUUCCGCGUGGAGUGUGAUCAGACCAUGCUGAAGCAGCAGGAGGAGAUGGCCGCGAAGACGGCCGAGUUCCAGGCGGAGUGCGAGAAGAAGAUGCGGGAGAAAGAGGAGGAGAUGAAACACAAUGCAGACAUCGUGCGCUCCGAGUCCGAGCGCCUUCUGGCGCAGGAGAAGGCGGAGAUGACGCGGAAGACCAUGGAGUUCCGCGCGGACGUGGAGCGCCUCGCGGCGGAGAAGGCGGAGAUAACGAGGUCCAUGGAGGCCUUCCGCGCCGAGAGCGAGGCG